AUGAAUUCAUUAGUUGAAUAUGAUAUUUAUUGUUUAAAUAUGAGGGAAACGUACGCAGUUGAAACUGAAAAUUCCAAUCAUUAUGUUAUCGAAAAUUCCACUGAAUUAUAUAAUUCAGAAGAUCUUGUUAGAACUGUAAGAGAAGAAUGGGAUUCGAUUGUUUCAGGGAACUUGUCUACAGUUAGUGCUAUAUCUGGAGAAAAUGAUUCUACGCUACAUCAUGAACAAUGGAAUUCUAACAUCGCUGAACAUCCAGCUUCAACUAAUUUUAUGGAAGAAAUAAAUAUUGACGGCGAUAAUUUAACCACAGUACAACUUCAAGAACAAGAGACACAAAAACCUGAAACAGAAAACAAUGACAUACAGAUUUUAUUGGAUGGUUUAAAAGACAAACUUGAAUUACCUUCAAAUAACUGGCUACAUUUUAAGUAUAUUAUAGCAAUAGAAAGUCCGGAUGGUAGUAUUUACAUUCCAAAAAAUCAUACACAAAGUACUCGAAAACAUUUGAUGACAUUAUUGGGAUUUGCUGAAGAAAUUAUUACCAGUAGAAAUCACCUUACACAUAAGAUCAAUAUCAGUGAAGAGAAUUCACCAAUCCAUACACAAUGGAUAAAUGAGAGUACAAAUCACUCAUCAGUCAUUACUGAUAAUGAUCAAUCUCACACUGAUCCUAAUUACUUCCAUAAAUUAUGGAAUACAAAUGAAAUUGGCGAAAGCAAUUUAACGAACAUUGAAUUUUCCGAGAUUCAUGAUGAAAAUCACCUACCUACUGACAUAUAUGACGGUGAUUUAAAUAAAAAAACACAUAGUACAAGUUUCACUGGCAUGGAAUUUCAUGAUCUCAACAGCUUAAAGCAACAGUUGGCAAUUGAUGAGAAAAUAGUCACUGAUGGUGAUAUUGCCGAGGAGGUUGCGCAACAAUUGAAUCAAUCUUCAUUAUUGAAUAUUGAUCAAAAUUUAUUGAACACUACAACAACAGCAACAACCAUUCAAUUACAAACUGAGGAUAAACCGCAGAAUAUAACAACUGAUUUUUAGAUGACCACUAUACAAAUCAACAAUAUUGAGAUUGAUUGAUACAGAAUCAAUGGAUUAAUUCGUUUAGUAAAUUUAUAUAUAACACAAUUUAAUGUAGUAGUAACACUCAGUGAUUGCAUAACAAUAAGACGUUACUUUCAUGAAUGUUUACUAAUGUUGUGUUUUCAGUUUCAUUUGAACACUGAACAUUGUACACUUUACUGUAAACAUUUUAAAUUUCACAAUUUUUUAAAAAUGGCAUUAUUAGCGAUUAUCAUUUUAAUCAAUUAUUGACUGGUUAAUAUAUGUUUUUUUUUGGUUAAUGAGUGAAAAUAAAAUUUAUCAUUGA